AUGAGGAACUGCUGUUUCGUAUUGGGCGUAGCUCUUGUAGCAUGUUAUUCUGUCCAAGGGUAAGUUGCCUUUUCUUGGUUAUAUUUUGUUAGUUCAGUAUAAUCAUUAGAUCUUUUAAGCACAGGGUGUGGUAAUUUGUUUUUAUUUCGCUGAAACGAAAUGUCAAACUCUAGAACAAAGUGUCAAAACUAAAAAAACACUUUUGGCUGCGAAUUUAGACGCGAGAAACGGGCCGGACCGGCUUGGGCAAUAUCUUUGAUCUUUUCGAGCCAUCGCGCCAGGUUUUUAAGCUCCGGAUUGACCCUUUCUUGGAUCAAGCUUGGUUUGAUCCAUUUCUCAAGUCUAGCAGCAUUUCGUAUAUGGUUGUGAGGUUUUUUGUUAGCUUUUAGGUAAUAAAAUGGAUUAAAUGAGUUUUUUCAAUAUAUUGAGGAUGGCGUUUGAUCCUAAAUUUGGAUCAAACGCCUUUGCUGAGUUUUAGCUAAUUUGCUUCUUUUUCAAACGGAGUUUUUAAAUGUUUUUGAGCAGCGUUACUCAUCCCAAUAUGAGGGUGGAUCUUUUCAGCAAAAUAUAUUUUCUGGGUUGUAUACUAGCUAAAUAGUAUUAUAUAUAAAUUAAGCUUUAACUAUUAUUUUUGCACAAAGAAGCCGCGAUUGAUAAAUAAAGUUUCUGACUGCUUUUAAUUAACAAUAGUUUAGGUAUUGUCUAUGGUAAUUAUUGUUUUAGAUUAUCUUCCGGAAAUGGCGGUAUAAAUGGUUCUUCUGAAACGAAAAGUUACGAGGCUCUCGCAGGACUUAACGGAUCGGCUCUUAUCCAGAGAAUCGCUCGGAAACCCAUCAACUUCCAAGAACACAACGAUCACUUCUGUUUUGAUCCACUUGGCCGGAGGGUAAGUUUUUAUGCUUAAAAUUACUCUUUUUGGUGCUACUGUAAAAUUUUUAGAAAAUUGAAGUUUUGUUUUUAGUAUUAUGCACCGGACUGCGUUGUAGUGUACCAGUACUGUCAAAAGAACUGGAGACGAUCGUACAGGUUGAACGAGUCGAUUGAAGAGUACGAGAAGUCUGUAGGUUGGUGUCACGAGGAAUACAAGACGGCUUAUGAUGAGUUCAACCAAGCCAACUAUACUGAACUAUGUAAUGUAAGUUUUACAAAGUAUUUUAGAAGGACAUGUUAGGGAUAUUUACUUGAUAUUAAGGAUGAAGUUAUUAAUUUUAAAGCUCGGCUGAUCUAUUAUGAAGGAUAAUAUUCUUCAUAGAACGUUUGGAGAGAGUGUGGCUUCAUAUUUCUAUUCCAGGGUGCCUCGUUUGUGUGCAACAUCACGGUAACGAACGUCUUUAACCUUGAUGAGACAAAACGUGCAGACCUUUUGUAUCUCUGUCGUACUUGUGGUUUUAAUUCGCCGUUCACAUCGUAUGCCAGCGACUAUUUUGGAUUGAUUUGUGUGAAUGCCAGUGUUUCAUAUCCAGUUGUGUUAGAUAAAACUUCAAAGUCUGAGUUUCUCACAAACAACACCUUUACCUUUACAUAUGCUGGAAAUGGCACUUUUGAGAAUGAAUUUGUGGUGGGUUACAGGGGGUUUAUGGGUUAUUUGGCUAGUAAUAAUUAAUAUAUUUACCUAUAUGAACCUAUAUUUAUUUAGUUUUACUUUGGUUACUUAUCAAGGCCACAUUCUUUCUUACUUUAAGCUUUUGUGUCGUAACUUGCAUUGUUUUAGUACUGCAAAGUCAGCUUUAAAAUCAAGUACGAUAUGGAUGAAUCAAAGGACAUAAAAUGGCACUUUGAAUACAAGUCUUCAACUAAACUUGUGGCUCAAGAAUGUCAAGGAGAUGAUUGCCAAGAAGAAAAGUAUUCGAGUUAUGCCAAGGGUUUUAAAGUUUACACGGUAUGUUUUAACAGUUGUUAUUAUAUAGAAGAGCUGGCGUUUUAUUUUUAAUUGCGGAUUACUGAAAAUGUAUUUUAAGUCUAAUAUCUCACAAAGGAUCAUAUUAGGAUAUGCAGUCAAAUAUAUACUAGUUUUUCGGUAUUGUGUACUAGUGUCAAAUAUGGACCAGUAAAAACCACUUUUGUAGUUAUACACCACAAGGUCAAGCAGGCACGUUCAGUCGAUGCGAGAACCCAUUCUUCCCUUCUUUUACUUCAUCAUCCAGAAGGUGAACAUACCGGUCAAUAUAACAGAGAAAGGCAACGGUGAUAAGUCAGACAUUGAAUUGAAUCCGUUUUAUUAUGAUGCGUUUUACCAUUGCAAGACAUUACCAACUACAACCUUAGUUUUCAACGCUCAUUCGACUUACUUGACUCCGACUGGUAGUAAGCAAAUUCAGGAUUUUGAAUUGUGUACACAAACCUACGACUUGGAGACUUUGAAAGUCAGAGAAAUUGGUGGGUUAUUUGCUUUUGGGCAUGGAAAAAGCUACAUUCUCUAGUGCCGAUCUCUAACAUAAUAUCUUAUUUUAGCGCCAGCAAUACCUGUCUUAUUGAGUGAACAACCAUCUGCAAAAUAUGCAGAUUUCGCAGCUGGUCGGUACGAGUUGAACAAAGGAAUAGAGAGUGUGAUAUUUUGUCAAGGUGAACAUUGUGGUGAUGUUUCGAAGUUUGAUGAUGUACGUUUAGUCUUGUUUAUUUUUACAUUUUCUACUAUAGUUUAUUGGGGUUGCAAGUUUACGGAUAUGACAAAGGUUCUCGGUUACAGACGGAGGAGAUGUCAUGAUUUGGAGCGGUUUUAAGUCGCUGAUUGACACUUAAUUUCAAUUUUUAAAAAAUUUAAAUUUAUACACACACUUUUACUGCAGUUGUACCCAUGUGACAGUUCAGUCGAUGGCAAAAUCGUAUAUAGCAGAACGGCGUACUGCGCAGCUUUGGUAAUUCCAUCGUCUCGGAACAUGACCGAUUUGGAUAGUGCAUUUAUAAUGACAGGCUCGAUUGAGACCUUCCUCAAGAACGACGAUGCCCGCUUCUGUACAGAAUCUAUAACUGGCAGCUACUGCAAGCGAAGCGCCGACGAAGCGUAUGUUCUUUGAUGACAAAACGGGUCUUAUUUGUUGUUGGAGUUUUAUUUUGUUUAGUGUAGGCAAUUAGGCUUUUUUUACUUUAUCUAUAGCUUAUUUACUUUGUUUUAGUGGCACUUUAUCGUGCAAGUGUUGUUGUGACGCAACGGCUUCAGAAAAAGGGGUAGCAUGCAACGAUUACAAGAAGGACGAGGCAACUAGGUCACUCAUGGAGCAGUGUUUGAAGACUUUGCCUGACGCAGAUGUUGCUGAUACGAUGCUUGGGCUAGAAGUAAGUAGCUAAGCACUUGUGGUAUGAUAUACUUUUAAUAAUGUAUUUUACGUGCUAUUAAGUACUGAACAGUGCUAAUCGUGUACUAUGGAGCAACGAUUGAAUUUCAGUUUGUCCGACCUGGUCUUCGGCCGUUCGCUCGAAGGAUGUCCAUACCCGAGGAACAAGUGUACGGACUGUACGAGUCGUUCCAGCCCAUUUACGAGUAUGCCUUUGUAAACGCAACUUCUGGAGUCUUGAAAGACGCGGGCUUGGUAUUCUACCAACCGGGUGUGAUUUACGAUGCGGGCAGCUACAAGGCCGUACUCACUUGUACCAAGUUUUGGCUCGCUGACACUUCUAGAUACUGUAGAUGCGUUAAUUACCACGUGAGCGGCGAAGGCGACUUCAACGCGGGAGAGUUUGCGUGUUGUUGUGGGUAUAGUAAGUUUAUCUUUUGGAUUUUUAAAAAAUUUAAAGGAAAAUUUAAUAUUAAAAAGUUAAAAAAAUAAGAUUUUGAAAUGACAGACUUUUUAUUCUUGACCUUUUUAAUUUAAUUUUUUUCAUUUUAUUAAAUUUUAAUUUUUUGAAUUCCAGAUGGCUCGGAAUCAAUUAUCAACCUGAUCGGAGUAGCCAAAUCUAGCAGUCGAUACCGCCCCAAUUACCUUGACUCGGUUGAUAAAUACGAAUUUGUCCUGAAAUACCGUGAAGGCUACGACUACUUCAGCAAGGUCAACAGUUCAAAUAUAAAUCCAUUUAGGGAACAAAACAGUGCCAAGGUCAGACUACGCUUACUCGGUUGA